CAAAUUUUCAUCGAAGUCACGUGACUGAAUCUAAGCACUUAGCAUGAUAAAGGAACUGAAUAAAUAAUGGGAUUUAAAUGAGCAGUGAGUUACUGAGUAAUGGCUGAUAAAAAACCAAGAGGAGCAGAUGGGCAGUACCGCAGCAAAGAUGCUGACUUUGGUGUGUUUCAGCCCAUGGACAAUCCGACCAAUCAGUAUCCUGCAUACACGGCCUGGACGCAGUUCAGUGGAAUGCCACCUUCACCUAACAGUCCUUCUACCUAUGGCUGGGACAGUUUUGUAACUCCACCGAACUCUCCAUCUUCAGACAAACUUCCGCCUGAAGCAAACCCAAAUUACUUUGCAGAACUAAACAAAAUGAUGACUGCAAUGGGUAAAAACAAUGCAGCUAACUUUGACAAUAGCAAUGACACAGACAAGCUUGCAAAUACUCCAGUGGCUCAGUCUUUGUUGGAGGCCCUAAGUUCCAAUCCCAAUGGUGUAUGUAUGAUGGGUGCUAUGGGAGAUCCCUCAUUAGAUGGUUCAGGGUCUAUGGACUAUGAAAGUUUUAGUCAAGACGGUUAUGAAAUGUAUGCAGAAGCUUUAAAGACGUUAGGAGACUCUGCAUACCAGUCAUACAGCCCUUUUGGAACCACUGAUGUUCUCAAUGCUUCUCCUUCAUCCACUCCACCCCCACAGGAAUUUGAAAGUCUAGGCAGUCAAAGUUCAAAGCCCAGUUAUUCUGAAGUUGCAAAGUCCUUGAAAACAAAUAAGAGUUCUGGAAAAGAAAGUGAUGAUAAUGAUUUAGGUAAAAGAAGAUCAUCGGAGAAUCCAACCUCUCGGUCCUUUAAGGGUAAUAAAAAAUUUGUUCCCCGACCAAUUCGUGGUAGAAACAACAGCGUCCCAGAUGACAUGAGGCCAACAGUUUCUCCAGAUUCAAAGUAUGGUCUGGAUGAUUUUGGAGAUGAAGUAAAGAACAAAGGAGAGAAAGGAGAUCUUGCUUCAGGUAUAGACAGUAUCCAGAUCACCAGGAGAAAUAGCUCAAGCAGUUUGAGUAGUGGAACAAGCGGAAUUGAGGAAAUACAGCUGAAACCUAGUAACGCUAGAAGCUGUAAUGAAGAGCUACCUCAGUUCGAAAAAAUAAGUAAUAAAGAAAAAGAAAGGGAUGAGAAGGCGAAGCAUGGCAGUAAAGCUGACACAGGAAAGGCUUUCUUUGAUGCUCGGAGAAUCUUUCAAACUAAGGAUACAAACAAGAGGCGCAGCCAGUCAAAGUCUGUCGAUGAAGAGGCUGGACCCCAGAUCCUAAACAAUGGUAAACCAGCAUACACUGCUUGGUCCUCAACGCACAAGAAGUCCACUAAUUAUAUCAACAACAACUUGAGGGAUUCUCAGAAGAAGACAAAUCAGAACUCUGGCAGAGAAGCUAAAGACCAGCGAGUCCCACCAGAGACAGUGUUCUCCCAGACAAGUUCUCGUCAGGAAAAGCCUUCAAGGUCUAGAACUGGCUCGUCCAAGGAGGCAUCCUCAGCUUCGUCAACUAAACCUGAAAUGCCUUUACAGACUUCUUUCGACCAUGAACUUAUAGAUGAGUGGCUGAGUUUCCUGUAUGACAAGGGAAAGUUGUGUCUGCACCAGCUGUGGACCCUGCUGUUGAUGGUCGUCCUUCUCCUCUUCAGCAUCAUUGUAUACCUGGUAUCAGGAACGGUGCACAUAGUCAGCUGGCUGUGGAGUAAGCUGUGGACCUUGCUGGAGACUCGACUGUUUAAGGGGAAGAUAUUCGGGGGUCAGAGGUGGCGGAAAUCCUCCUCCGAAGCUCCGAAGAAAAUAGGACUCGAUGAAAACAUACCACUGCCAGCUACAGGUGAUGAAGCUAUGCAGAGACUUCUGGCCUGUAAAGGAAAAGACCCAUAUAGUAUUCUUGGUUUGAAGGCAAGUGCCACUGACGAUGAUAUCAAGAAGUAUUACCGCCGUCAGGCUGUACUAGUCCAUCCAGAUAAGAAUCAGCAGGCCGGUGCAGAAGAAGCGUUCAAGAUUCUCGGGCACGCGUUUGACCUGAUCGGUGACCAGACCAAGCGACUAGCGUAUGACAGACAACUACAGGAAGCCAAGGAGGCUGAGGCAGCUAUGCGUGAGUUUAAUGACCUCCUAACAAAGCUGCAGGAAAAGAUCCAUCAGGCCAGUAACAUGAUGCGCUGUGACAACUGUGGAGGCAAACAUCGGCGUGUGUUCGUGGAACGUCCAUGGUACAGUGCCAGGUUCUGUGAUCGUUGCAGCAUGAGACACUCGGCCAAAGAGGGUGAUGUGUGGGCGGAGACGUCAAUGCUGGGCUUUCUUUGGCACUACUAUGCCUGCAUGGAGGGAAAAGUGUACGAUAUCACAGAAUGGGUUGCCUGCAAGCGUGAGUUCUUCAAGCACAUGCAGGCGAAUGCUCACCAUGUGUUUUACCGUAUAGCCACAGAGGGAAAUAGAGGACAUCAUAAUAGGAAGAACAGUGGAAAUACUGCCAACUCUGACGCCGAUCUGGAGGACUUCCUCAGCCACCUGUUCCACAAGGCCAUGAACGGAGAGGGUGGGGCGAGUGGUAGCCCCACUUCUGACCCCGGUGCUCAGACCUGGAACCCACCUACAUCUGGCCCCUCCCAGGGCUGGUCUGCCAACAAUAAUUCUGCUCCUGCUGGGAAACGACACAGGAAGAAGAAAAAGAAACAUUGAUGAUGUGUUCACUGAGGAUCUCUUGAUGCUUUACCGACUCAUAUCUCUGAUGAAAUGGCAAUCACAUUAUGGACUAUGUUAUAGAUGUUGAACCACUUCGUAAAAAAACUUGCAUUGUUGAAAAGGUUAUUUUGCCUCACUGGACAUUGAUGUGUUAUUUUGCACCAUCAUUGUUACUUUAAAUAGCAUUUGUCAUUUUAGAUUAAUGAAUUUUUGGUCAAGGUGAUUUUCCGUCUCAAUUUUAAUGAGAUUCUUAGAACUUGCCAUUUAUUAUUGUUUUUCUUUACUUUUCAAUUUCAAUGCAGAAGCUUAACAAAAUCAAAUUUUAAAAUAACAUUAGAUAGCAAAUAUCGGGAUUGUUUUUCAAAAUAUUUGUACGGUAAUAUGAAUAGUAAUCUGCGCUGAUUUGUGUCAGACAAAAUUAGGUGGGUUUACUUUUGAGUACCUAAUAACAGUUCUGUGCUGAGACAACAUUUAAAGAAUUGUUUGUAUCUUGGUCUUGAUGUGUUGAAUAUUACCGUAAUCAUGCAUGUGAGGACAUCAUGUUAACAUGGAUUUGGGUAUAUCAUUUGUCAGCAUUGCUGGGUAGGAUAGUUACACAAUUACCUGUAUGCUUGAUGUAUGGUGGAAUUUUUAAUCAUGUACCUUUAUAUUCAAAGCAAGCAGUAGAACAUGUUCUUGAAUCAUUCAGGCUUCUGAGAGUCCUUCCUGUAUACUAAAUGACUGUAAGUCUGUAACUAUUUUUUAGCAAUGCAAAAAACUUGCUUUCAAUGUGAGUUAUGUUUUUUAAUGCAAGUAUACCAGUAAAUUGUAAUACAAUUAUUGAUAUUAAAUGAUGAUUCUCCUUUUUAAAGAACCCAGAUUUGUUUGUAUUUCCAUAUUUUAUAAUCAUAUGUAUUUGCUAACUCCCUUGACUUACUUGGGCUUUGCAGUAAGGAGCAGAAUUAAUAUGGCUUAACAAAGACAUGUACUAGUAUCAGAUAUAUAUAUAUUUUUCUUUAGCAUACAUUGUGUAUUUUAUAUCAGCAUCAGUAUGGAUCUAAAUGAAGCCUAUAACUGGGUAAAUGUAGUGAACAGUUUGGUUGGUCUAUAGAUGUUUACUUGUAAAUGUGUUUUGUUUGUUUCAUUUUAUUUCAUACUGUUAAGAUGCUGUUUUAAACUUGAUUAGGAAAAUGAGUACUGACAAUUGCCUUUACCAUGUACUGCUUUGUGAAUAUUCAAAACAUUUUGUUGAUGAAAUAAAAUAACAGAUUUAUGUUUGACAGCUAAAAGACACGUGCAUGUACUUCGUAAGAUUACUAGUACUAAUCAUGUCUGGCUGUUUUGGGAUCAACGUAAUAACUGAGAAUAAAAUGAAAUUGUCAAAUUUGAUUGGCUGGAUUUGGAUUCAAUAUUGUGGUGCAGGGUGAAACUGUUUGCUGGUCUCGGGCGUGUAUAUCUCUAUGAUUUGUCAGAACUGGACACCAAUCAGCACUGUCAUUUUGGGGUCUAGUGACCUCAAAUUUGUGUUUCAGAACUCGGGAUUUCUUGUUAUUUGUUCUUUAAGUUCUAUUGGUUAACAUUAAAGUACAUGUAUGUAGUUUUAAAGAUCAGCCGUUGUAUAAAGAAGCGGAGAAGUGCCAUUGUCAAUGCCUAUUUUUACUUUGAAAUGUUGUAAUUAAUUGUUACUUAUCAGUUGAUAUUGUAACUGUGUUGUAUUCGGAACUUACUUUGGACAUGAAAUCUCAAAUGUUGCUAUGUUUGGCUUGUGUAAGGCAUACUGUAUAUUUACAUAUAGGCUACACGUGUUAUAAACAACCUUUUAAUAAAAUAAUGAUUCUUGAUCAGUUUGAUGAAAAUUCAUAUGUUUUCAUAUUAUACAGGACAACUAAAGAUGCAUUUCUUUUCAUAUUGUGCCAAGGUUAUGUAUUUUUUUUAUUGCACUUGAAAAUAUAUUUUUAUACUGAACAAAAUUGUUAAAAAUGAAUAUUUCUUUUCUAUAUUUCUUGAGUAAUUAAAAGUAAAGAAUUGAUGGAAGAAAUUAUAACAAAAAACACCCACUGUUAUAUAAAAUAUUUAUGAAUUAUAUCCAAGCUUUCUUUACAAUAACGUUGAUGUUUUUAGCACGAGUGCAUGUUUUCUGAAAGUUGGUAUCAUUUCAAACGUAUUUUAGUAGAAGGCUUGUGUAAUCAUCUAUUUUGGUGUUUCAGUGUUUGUCAGCCAGUUAUCUAAAAUUGUUAGAUGUUAUUCUUGUAUCAAAUAAAAGAUUUGAAAACCAA